UUUCCGGCGCCUUCCCGGGGCGCGGACACGCACGCGUCCCCUGCUCCUGCCCGCGUCGCUCUUCCUCUUCCCUUCUGCCUCGCCGGCGCUCACCCGAGCUCAGCAAAACCCAGCGCCCGACCAAACCAAUGGCGCCGUCGCUGCGCGCCUCCAGCUUCUCCCGCGCGCUCCUCCUCUUGCUCACGCUGUCGGUGGCGCUCGCGCCGGCCCCCGCGGCCGCCACCGGCGUCUUCCGGGUGCGCCGCAAGUUCGCGCGCCACGGCGGCGCCGGGGAGGCGGAGGAGCACCUCGCGGCGCUGCGGCGGCACGACGGCCGCCGCCACGGCCGGCUCCUCGGCGCCGUGGACCUGCCCCUCGGUGGCGUCGGGCUCCCCACCGAGACCGGCCUGUACUUCACGCGGAUUGAGAUCGGGGCGCCACCCAAGGGCUACUACGUGCAGGUGGACACCGGCAGCGACAUACUCUGGGUCAACUGCAUCCGCUGCGACGGCUGCCCCACCCGGAGUGGCCUCGGGAUAGAGCUGACGCAGUACGACCCGGCGGGGAGCGGGAGCACGGUGGGGUGCGACCAGGAGUUCUGCGCCGCCACCAACGGCGGCGUGCCGCCGCCGUGCUCGUCGGAGUCGCCGUGCCAGUUCAGGAUCACCUACGGCGACGGGAGCUCCACCACCGGCUUCUACGUCACCGACCUCCUGCAGUACGACCGGGCGUCCGGCAACGGCCAGACCACCCCGUCCAACGCCACCAUCACGUUCGGGUGCGGCGCUCAGCUCGGUGGGGAUUUGGGGUCCGACAGCCAGGCCCUUGACGGGAUUCUGGGGUUCGGCCAGUCGAAUUCGUCGGUGCUGUCGCAGCUGGCUGCUGCUAGGAAAGUCCCGAAGAUUUUUGCUCACUGCCUGGACACUGUGCGUGGUGGUGGGAUCUUCGCGAUCGGGGAUGUGGUGCAGCCCAAAGUGAAGACGACGCCGUUGGUGCCAAACAUGCCACACUACAAUGUCAACCUGGAAGGAAUUUCUGUUGGUGGUGCUACACUUCAGCUUCCAACAAAUACUUUCGAUUCAGGUGAAAAUAAAGGCACUAUCAUUGACAGCGGGACAACAUUGGCAUACCUCCCGGAAGAAGUUCAUAAGACAUUGAUGGCUGCGGUAUUCAACAAGAAACAAGAUAUGAACUUCCGUAAUUAUCAAGACUUCCUCUGUUUCCAGUUCUCUGGAAGUGUAGAUGAUGGAUUUCCCAUAAUCACCUUUAGUUUUGAGGGAGACCUUACACUGAAUGUUUACCCACAUGAUUACCUUUUCCAAAAUGGGAAUGAUUUCUACUGUGUAGGGUUCCUGAACGGUGGGUUACAAACCAAGGAUGGGAAAAAUAUGGUUCUCUUGGGAGAUCUAGUUCUCUCAAAUAAACUAGUGGUUUACAACUUGGAAAAUCAAGUUAUUGGAUGGACAGACUAUAACUGUUCCUCGAGCAUAAAAAUUAAGGAUGACAUGACAGGAUUUAUUUACACUGUUGAUGCACAUAAUAUCUCCUCUGGGUGGAGAUUCCAAUGGCACAAGUCCUUGGUUCUGUUGUUAGUAACAACAAUCUGGAGCUAUUUAAUGUUCUAACCUGACCUUGAACUCUCGGAUGGAGAACAUGGAAGCUGUAUUAGUGUAUUAUUAACAAACAAUGUCUGGGUUUUUUGUUCUUAGAAAAAAAGGAAGAGGUAGGGGAGUGAUUUGAUUUAGUUACAGAAAUUCCCAAAAUUGUAAAGUAUAGCAAAUCGGCUGGCAAACUAGAUAUAAAUGAUGUUGGGUUAAUGCUAGGUUCUCAUUGCGUUUAUAUAAUGUAAUCAGCAACCCUCAUCAGGUGGAAUUGAAGCU